CAGACUGGUCCCACAGCACGCCUCCGCGCCAAACUUAAACUGGAGCUAUUUAAUUUGGAUCAAUCCUACAGCCUCGGCUCCUGUCCCAGUCCGACCAUCCGGCCUGGAAUUGUCUCAAAUUCAUCAGCACCCGCAGUCUCAGAUUCCGCAAGUCGCCCUUUUGAGUCACAGCCUGUUUGUGUAAGUUGCUCGCCUUUUCCUGAUCGGCAGAUCGGCGACGAUCCUAACACUUCCACAGCCCUCUCCAGAGGCAAUUUGGGCUUUGCUGCAAACUCUAUUAGCCCCGGAGCUACUACAACAGGAAGUGGCUCGACUAAGACUUCAGCCUUGGCAGGACCAAUUGCUUCUUCUCUAGCCAGCCUUUGUGUGACAAAAGAGUUGCACUUGCGUUGGUUUCUCGCCACUUGCGUCAGCUUUCAAUCGGCGCUACGCCUCAACUUUGAGACACCAGGACACAGCAUAACCGCGGAUAACCCGGAGCCAUUUUUCGUCACUCUCUUUCUGAUCAAUGUGACUACUGGACGACGGCUGAGCGAAGAGUUCCACUGGGAUCCUAAUUCUUCCGAAGUGAAUGCCAUGCUACCUGCAGAGUUGUUCCGCCACCUACCCUGGGACUCAGCCAGCUCAGCCGUGGCCGCUGACGUCACCGUCGCUUCGUCAUCUUCAAAAGCUACGGGCGAUAGUGGAAGUGCACACACAACUACUGGCACAUGCCCUCAAGGUCUCGGAUUACCACAGACAAACCCCACCCUCAAUGCUCCGCCUUUAGGUGGAAAAAUCACCGGACCCUCUAGCAAUAUGACGGGGGCGAUUGGUGGAGGUGCGGGCAAGACUCGUGCUUCUGCACCCCCUCCACCUACGCCUACAACUCCAUCUGGACUCUGUUCUGUCUCUCAAGCGAGCCUUAUCAAAUGCCGAUCGGAGCAUAGUUAA